CAAGCUAGCAAAAUGAGUGAAAAACAAACAUCUCUGGAAAGUUUCUUUGCGAAGGGGAAAAAGGCCCAGUGAUGAGAUAGAAGAAGAGCCUACGACUUCCAAGGAAAAAGAAAGCUGCAUUUAACAGACAAUACCAGGAGUCGUUCUUGAAAUAUGGUUUUAUCGCGACAGGGUCACGGGGGAGCCUGGAGCCUAUCCCAGGGAACUUGGGGCACAAGGCAGGGGACACCCUGGACGGGGGGCUAACCCAUCGCAGGGAGGAGGAAACCGAGGUACCCGGAGGAAACCCCUGAAGCAUGGGGAGAACAUGCAAACUCUGCACACACAGGGAGGAGGUAGUAAUCGAACCACUAAUCCCGGAGAACUAUGCACACUCUGUGGAAGACAAUGUUGCAAGGCUGGAUUAGAACCAACAGUAAAUCAUCACACCUACGCUUUCCAAUGCCGCUACACAAGUCGGGCCGGGCUCACCGCCUGGAUCCCACCAUGAUCUCUGCCCCGCUCGGCGACUUUCGCCACACCAUGCAUAUUGGCCGUGGUGGAGACGCCUUCGGAGACACCUCCUUCUUGUCCAGUCAUGGCCCCUCCAACCCAGAGCCUUUGAAGUCCAUCACCUCUCCUGUGGAGGACACCAGUGACUCCACAGAAGUGAGGCUAAAUCAUGCAGCUGACAGCAAAACCCCUGAUGAACCAUUUACAGAACUCCAGCACUCAGAAUCAGUCUCAUCCUUCGAUCUGGACCUAGACCUGGGGCCUUCCAUUUUGGGAGAUGUGCUGGGAGUGAUGGAUGGACUGGGUUUGGGCAGCAAGUGGACAAUGGGCAACGAAGGUGAAGAAGAAGUGUUUAUCUCCAGUAAGAGCAGUGCAGAUGGUGGGAUAUCAACCAAUGGAGCAACUACUGACCUGAAUGAGAAGAGGAUACACAGUCUGAGCAGUGGGGAGGAGCAUAUAAACGAUGUCAAUGGUAUCAAAUCUAAGGGGCUACGGCCGAAGGUGCGAUUUAGCGACAAAAAGGAGGAGAUUGUUGGUCGGCAGUAUGUAGGUGGUGAAUUAGAGCUGGAAUGUGAGAAGGAAACGAAUACAAGUCCAGUUGGAGGAAUGGAGGUGAGGGCUGAAGGAAUGGCUAAUAAAGGAGCCGUGAAACCAGAGCUGACGAAUCACCGGCCAGACGUCAGUCCCAGUCCAUCUUCUUCAGUGAGCUCAGAAUAUGAAGGCAUCUCCCCAUUGGACAGGAGGAGAGAGGAGGACCAUCUGUCAGAGUCGGAUUCAGACGAAGAGGGCGUUGCCGGAGAGCAGGGCUAUACGUUUGAGGAUGAGUCGGAUGAUGAGAUUGGCCUUUAGGAGUCUAAUGAUGGGUAUGUAAAGAUCAAGCAGAGAAAAGUAUCAGCAAAAUGCUUUUCUGAAUAACAUAAAAGGGAGAAACUACCAAAGUAAAAACAACUCUACGAAACAGGAGGAACUGGACUUGUUAGUAGAAAAAGGUCACACAUAAAUAGAGGCUGAAAAUUUUAUUUUAAAAAUACUUUUCAAAACUCUAAGAAAACAGUAGUUUGUCAUGAAAAACAAUGUUUUUCAGGGGUAGAACUGUAGUAUUAUAAAGAAAUUACAUUUCUAUUAGUACUAUUAGUCCCACUAAAGCCUUAGACAAUGGAAUGCAUUUAAUAUUUAAUAUUAUAAAACAAAUAUUAUAAGUUUAAUAUUGUUGCUAUCAUAUCAUUGUUAAACUGGGAUCUCUUAAGUUUCAAAACAUAUUACCUGGGAAUGUUAAAUGGUAGACAUCCAGUCUGUUUUAGCUGUUUAAUAAAUCAUCUCAAUACAGGAGUAAAAGGUUGAGCCAAAUACCAGUAUUCCACAAAAGUUGGUUAAAAAUUUUAUGUCCUUUAGUGUAUUAGUCUCUUUUUAAAGAAACUCCAUAUUGUUAUUAUUUUUAAAUACUAUAGGACAAAAGUAAAGUGAGAACCUUUCAUUUACUUAAACAAAUUUAUUCUAAUUAAUGUUUUGUUAUUCUGUUAUGAAAAUACAUGAGUGAAUUGUGGUAUCUAUGUAUAAGUGUAUCAGCAAGUUCCUAAGGUUAAAAACAUGUUGAUUUAAUAUUCAUAAUGGCAUUAAAAAAGCCAGAGCUGGUCUAAAAUGAGCUGUGUAUGUGAGUUGUGGAGAUUUUACUGGAGAAUUUUGGGUGUUCCUGUGGGAGUGACAAACACAAUGGGUGGAAAAAACAGUGGGUGAACAUCGUGCGGAUAGAUCGCAGGUGCUCGGUUUACUACGACUGACACAGUUUAAUAUAGUGCUUACUGCUAUUGCUCUUCUAAACCUUAGGGAGUUUAGUGUAUCUGACACACAACCUGGUAUCUGCUGUUUAAGUUUAAGGUACAUGAAGAGAAAAUACAGUAUCAUGAUAGGGAUCAUACUGAAAGAACAUUGAAAAUACAACAGUUGGAAAAGCUACUAUAAAAAUGCUGUUAACUAACUUAAUUUUAACUUUAAAAAAGUUAUCUGUACAUUUUCACUGCACAUCUCUGUGCAUAUGACAUGUACAUAUUCACUCAAACCCUUCUCUGCUUAGAUAAAUGGAAAGGUUGUGAUGAUCAUUUAAGGUGUUUAAGGUGAUAGCCAUAUGGUGUGCAUUAAACAGUCCCUCCCGGAUUUUGCGAUUUUGAAUAAAAUUAACGCAGAAUCAAGGAAACUCUGCAAUAUUCGCAAGAGCUUGCAAUUUUUCUAAAUUACCACAGAUUUGGGCCAAUAUACAUCAUGUAACGUCAUCACAACACUCAUUCAGCCAAAGCUAAAGGUCUUAUUUACCAACAAACAUCACAGUGAAAGACCAAAAAACCCAAACAGUUUUACGCAAAAAAGCUCCGCAAAUUGCAUCGCAAAUUUGGGGGGAAAAACCUCUGCGAAAUCCUGUACAGACUUAUUAAAUGUCGCCAUGUAUUGUUUUACGAAUGAUCAGCACAUACCUAGUUGUGUACAGCAGAAGAAGAAACAGUGUGCUUAAACCACUUUAAAUAACUAUGUCUUACUUCAGUCAUAUCUGUCUGUUUUAAUAGCCAGUCAUUGGAGUUUACAUGUCUCAUAGAGACCACUUUCCUAUUAAAAAGCCUGUGUUUUCCCACUGAAAUAAAACUUUAGAGCCAAAUCAGGAUAGCUGGAGAACUGCCUACUGGUUUAAACUGGAUUUAUUGGGAGGUAAUUAUGGACAAGUUGCAUUAAAGCUUAGUUUCACAAUAAUUGUUUUAAGUAGCAAACUGCAUGACUUUGUAAAUUGUUUUUUUUUUUGGGGAGGUUUUUUUUUCUUCUCAGAAACAAUGUCUUAAACAGCUCCUUUUAUAAAAUAACCAUCUGUUCACUUGUAAAUAAUUUGAUAUAAUGAUGAUUAAACACCUGACAAUUUG